CCUGUGCUCAGCCUGCUUUUCUUUGCUUGUCGUUUGAGGAUAUGUUGAAAGUACGCACUGAAAGUUUGGACAUUCACUGGUUUCGCAGAGUAAACUCUUGAGGCUGGGUCUUGUUCUUUGGUUACAUGCUCUGUUUGAGUUAUUAGACGCCGACUAUUUGGAAUUCGAUCUCUGUCCGGUACCUGUCUCAAACAAGGAAGUCCAGUCUGUUGUAUCAUUCGUUGAUGAAGUCGACGGGCCCUUUGUAAAUGGCAGUAAAUGAACUCGGCUGGCUGCUCUGAAAAGCGAUUCUAUUCUCAGUGUUGAUCCUGUAACGUUGGCUGUUUGUGGACAGUACCAUCUAAACGGGAUAAAGCUGCUUCCACCCUCCCCCUGCAUAAGGUUAACUUUUCUUUCGAGGACAUGGCGGAAAAUAAUUCCUUUGUUCAUCUGGAUGUACCGAUUCUCCCAGACAAAUCAGACAUCUCCAAUAUGACCAUUAUUCGAACAAGCAAUGGGUCGAUCAUAGAGGAUCAGAUGUUUUUAAAUACAGUGGCUGCUCAGGCCCUCUCUGGGAUAUUUGUCUGGUCUGCCUUGCUCUUAACAUGCCACCAGAUCUAUACACACCUUCGAUCCUACACUGUCCCCAAUGAGCAGCGCUACAUCAUCCGGAUCCUGUUUAUUGUGCCAGUGUAUGCCUUUGAUUCUUGGCUCAGCCUGCUCUUUAUCAGCAAUGACCAGUACUAUGUGUACUUUGAUUCUGUUCGAGACUGCUACGAAGCUUUUGUCAUUUACAAUUUCCUGAGCCUGUCCUUUGAGUAUCUGGGAGGAGAGAGUGCAAUCAUGUCGGAGAUUCGAGGGAAGCCCAUACAGUCAAGUUGUCUGUAUGGUACCUGCUGUCUUGUUGGAAUGAGCUACUCUAUCGGCUUUUUAAGAUUCUGCAAACAGGCGACUCUCCAGUUCUGCGUUGUCAAACCCAUCAUGGCUGUAAUCACCAUCAUCCUGCAGGCCUUUGGCAAAUAUCAUGAUGGAGAUUUUAAUAUAAAUGGAGGAUACCUAUAUAUCACAAUCAUCUACAACUUCUCAGUCAGCCUCGCUCUCUACGCUCUCUUCCUCUUCUUCUUUGCCACAAGUGACCUGCUCAGGCCGUACGAACCGGUGCUCAAAUUCCUCACAAUCAAAUCUGUCAUCUUCUUAUCCUUCUGGCAAGGAAUGGUCCUUGCCAUCCUGGAGCGCUGUGGCGUCCUACCCAACGCACUCUUCAUUGAUGGACAAGAGGUCGGUGCCGGCACCGUGGCAGCAGGAUGGCAGAACUUUAUUAUCUGCAUCGAAAUGUUCUUUGCUGCUAUUGCCCUCCGAUAUGCCUUCACUUGCACCGUCUACCAGGAGAAAACAAAUGAAGUGCCAGAGAACAUCCCUCCUAUGCAGAGCAUCUCCAGUGGUCUGAAGGAAACCAUAAACCCGGGGGACAUGGUACAAGAUGCCAUCCACAACUUCUCCCCGGCCUACCAGCAGUACACCCAGCAGUCCACACAGGAGGUGGUCCAGCCCAACAUGAACGGAAAAGUGACCACAGGCAACAAGAGCUCCCGCAAGUCUGAUAAAAUCAUGCUGAUUACCUCUGAUGAUGAGUUUUAGGCAUUUUCCCAGCAAGAUCCAGGUGUUUUUGUCCUUGCCACCCCUAUCUCUGACCCCCUGGGGAAACAGCUGUAUCGCAUCUCGCAGAGAGCUGGGUUGAAUCCAGGUGUUUCAUUUUCAUUAUCCCAGUAUUUAAGAUGAACAGCUUACCUCUGUCCUGUUUUUAAUUAAUAAUUUAAGCACCAAAGAAGGAUGAAAUUAUGAAUAGUUUUUAGAAUUAAUAGCUAAAUGACAAGAUAACAGAUCUGUCGCCAUCUGGACAGUAACAACCGCAGGAAAAUUACUAUGCUACUUGUUCAACAGUGUCCCUGAUCCUGAUUCUGUUUCUGUCAUUAUGUCAGUACUCCGUCUCUGGCCGUCUGAAGUGUUUUCCCUCUGAUUCAUGUCAUUUUCAAAGAGGAGAUCAUUAAUAUGUGACUCCAGGUGGGAAGCAGGGAAGCCAGCGAUGGCUGGAAAUGACACUUCAUGGACCGUCUCUAGCAUCUGCUUGUUUGAAGUAUUUGCUGAGCAUUCCUCUGCAUAGUUCCUGACAAAUGGAAAGAUUUGUUUUGGAGCAGGCACUUUGUAGGAGACUUAUCGAAGUUUUUCAAAGUGGGAGUAUUCUCUUUAAUUUUACCAGAAUGCUAAAGAGUGUAAUUCAGUGCCACUACACCUCCGUUCAACAGACGCUAACAAAUGAGAUUUUUUUUGUGGCUUCUGCGCUAAUUGUAAAUGCUUUUAGCAGAAUCUUUUUGUGUUUGACGUGAUCACUAUUCAUGAUAUAAUUUCAUGUUCCAGGGAUUAUGAAAUAUGUACAGAAUUUGAUUGGUGUAAAUUGUGGUGUUUAAUACUGUAUGUUCUCUUUGUGUAAAAACAAAAAAUCGUUUUGGAUUAUGAAGUUAAAAAACUUAAACUUAA